GUCUGGGAAAGCAGGUUGUUGUAAACAUGGCGGCCACAGUGGGCAGAGUUCUGUCCUUCAGUAAAAAUGCUAAGCUGCUUGUUUCGCCUUUGAAGCUUUCUGCUGUACCUGCUCACCGUUAUAGUGUAGAUGUAGUUUCCAAUACCGGCGAGCCCGUCACUCACACCGGACAGGUGUAUGAUGAGCAUGAUUACAGGAGAGCCAGAUUUGUUGGCAAACAGAAAGAGGUGAAUAAGAACUUUGCCAUCAACCUGGUGGCAGAGGAGCCAGUGUCUGACAUUGAAGCCAGAGUGGUAUCUUGCGAUGGGGGCGGAGGAGCGCUGGGACACCCCAAAGUCUACAUCAACUUGGAUAAAGACACAAAAGUGGGAACGUGCGGCUACUGUGGACUGCAGUUCAAGCAGAAGCAUCAUCACUGAAACAUUUCCUCUUUGCUUCUCUGUGUAAAUCGCCAUAUUGCUCAAUAAAUUAUAUCUUGUCUGAGAGUUCA